AUGUAUCAGGACCACCGUUCAUCUGACCCUGUCCAGCCGCCUCUUUUGGGCUCUGUCCAGCCACCACUACUGCCACCAGCGCCGCCCACUGGUACCUACCUACACACACACACAUGCUGCUGUGUGUUGACACACGUGUGUGCGUGUGUGUGUGUGUAUGUGUGUGCAGUGGUGAUCCCUGCUCGCGUGCCACGGAGGAGCCGAUCCGACUCCAGGCACGCAAUAUAAUUCCCACACACACACAUGGCCAAAAGGAUGGAUUGUGUGUGUGUGUGUGUGUGUGGCAGAUUCUCCGCCGCUUGUCGACAAGAAGCAGCUGGAUCAAGGGGAGGAAGCAGCACACGUGGGGGCCCACUCCCACCACACACACAUGGAUGGAUGAAUGGAUGAAUGGAUGGAUGAAUGGAUGGAUGGGUGAGUCCUCUGCUGUUGCAGAGAGCCAGCCACUGAUGGCACCGAAGCAGCGUUUCGACGUCAAGAAACCAGGUGGGUAUUGCAUCCACACCAACACACAGACACGCCCACGUGACGCACACGUGUGUGUGUAUGAGUGUGUGCAGCGUCCCCCCCUGACCAGCACCACCACCACCAGCAGCAGCAGCAGCACCAGCAGGACAUGGAGGCCACAGGUGAAUGCUCGCUGAAUGCCACAGGUGCCCCUGCUCAUCCCAUCCACACCACACAUCUGUCUACCCACAUGUGUGUGUGUGCAGGUGGUCACGCAGAAUCUGAGCCGGCCCAUGAGCAACCACAGCCACAACCACCACAACCACCACCACGGUCAGCAGCCGAAGCACCGCCAGCAGCGGCACCACAAGCAGAAGGUACGCUCAUGUGCACGUAUACACGCUGUCACUCAAUCUAUCUAUCUAUGUCGGUCUGUCUGUCUGUCUGUCCAUGCCGUCCAUAGAAUCCCCCAAGGUGGUCAUUGCGGCGCCCCAACCCCUCCCCAAAGGUGAGGACGCCUGUGAGUGCUGUGUGUGCGAGCCAUGCACACAUACGCACCUACCUCUUGAUCUGACAUCUUGUGUGUGUGUGUGUGUGCAGAUGUGGCUCUGAAGAUCAACAUCCAUGCGGCCAAGAAGGCGGCGGUGGCUGACACGGCUGCUGAGCAACAGGCGGACCAGCACCAGCCGAGUAGGUCCACACCACACACCAAACUCCACUCACAAACAAAUGCAUGGUGUGUGUGCCCGUGCUCGUCUGUUUCUACACCCAGGCGAGCAGCAAGAGCAGCCAGCGUCCCAACCACAAGCACCAGCACCAGCGGCGCCGGCGGCAUCGUCAUCAGACGGCUUCUUCAAACCGAGAGUGAGUCAGCAGGAGCAGCAGCAGCGUUGGGUUGAGACAGGAGCACGACCCCGCAUCCUGCCCCGCCCACCCGCAAGGCGCGGCCCUCGUCCGUCAUGGGACGCUCACCCACACGCUCACCCACACCUCGGUACGUACGUCUGGGAAAGAACACGUGAGUAAGUGAGUGCACUCACACAUACAUACUGCGUGUGUCUUGGUGUGUGUGGUGGGGGUGGGUGUAGCGAUGUAUGGUGGUUAUGCCGGCAUGUAUGCCGCACAGCAGGCGGCCAUGAUGUACUCGGCUGCAAUGGUAUGUCCGUCCGCUGCCCUCUCCCAACACAGCACGCACUUCUCUCUGCAUGUGUGUAUGUGUGUGUGUAGUGCCAGAUGCAGCAGGCCCACGUGCAGGCGCAGGCAAUCAUGCAAAUGCAGCAACAGCAACAGCAACAACAACAACCACAGCAGCAGCAGCCGGCAGCACAGGUGCGCCCUUGAGAGCAGAUGGACAUAGACACACGUGAUUCGUGUGUGUGUGUGUGUGUGUGGUGUGUGGUGUGUGGUGUGUACGUGUCUGCUGGCUUCUCAGCAACAGCAGCCGCCGCAGCCCCCGUUGCCAUCUGGCGAGCAGCCACCGGGUGUGUCCUCUGCUGCUGCAGAGGGCCAGCUACUGAUGGCACCGAAGCGGCGAUUCGACGUCAAGAAACCAGGUGGGUAUAUUCUGGAUCCGUGUGUGUCUUUGAGAAACCACACCUCUCUCUCUCUCUCUCUGUGUGUGUGUGUGGGCGUGUGUGCAGCGUCCCCCCCUGACCAGCACCAGCACCAGCAGCAGCAGCAGCACCAGCGGCAGGAGAAAGAGGAGAAUGGCAAUCGACAGGACAUGGAUGCUACAGGUGAGUGAGUGAGUGCUCGUUGAAUGAAUGCCACAGGUGCCCCUGCUCAUCCCAUCCACACCACACAUCUGUCUACACACAUGUGCGUGUGCCGUCCAGGUGGUCACGCAGAAGCUGAGCCGGCCCAUGAGCAGCCACAGCCACAACCACCACCACAGGCAGCAGCCGAAGCACCACCACCAGCGGCAGCACAAGCACAAGGUACGCUCAUGCGCACGUAUACACGCUGUCACUCAAUCUAUCUAUCUAUGUCUGUCUGUCUGUCUGUCUGUCCCUACCGUCCAUAGAAUCGCCGAAAGUGGUCAUUGCGGCGACCGUCCAAGCCAAUCCCGGAGUCGCAACGGUGCCAGCAAUGCAGGCGGCCUUGUCGGCUCCUGGUCCGUCUGUGUUGGGCCUGUGCCAGGACAACCAUCCGUCUGUUCAUCCCGCUGAGGCGCCUCACCCACCCUCACAGGGCCUUGCACAGCGGCUGGAUGCCGGCUCUCAAUCCCAUGCGGCAUCAGCAAGCCAGCCGCGGCAGAAUGGUGCAGCAGCGGCUGUCCCCCCAGUCUGUCCACCGAAGACAGCCGCCAAGCCCCACCCACCCCCCACCUCAGCCUCAGAGAGCCAGACCCCUUCGCCACCACCUGCCGACCCACCACCCCUCGCAACAGCACCACCGCUCGACAACACCAACACAGCAGAACAGCACGUGUCGUCGCCCACCCACCAGCAUCACGCACCACGCGAUCCGGAGCAGCAGCAAGGGGGCAGCACGCGCUCACGUGAGGGGUCUCCUGAAGAAGCUCGGAACAAGGAGCGUCCGUCAAGCCGCCGGCCGACCCCCUUGCCGGAUGUGUUGCACAACAAGGGCACCCCCGGCCACCGCAAGUACUCCGCUGAGUAUGAGGGUCUGGACUUCAGUGUGGCCGGCGAGGGCGACGGCCAGCGGUAUGUGGUGACGGCAUGGUGGCGAGAGGGGGGAGGGACCGACCGGCCGCCGUUGUGGGUGCGCGCAGUUGUCACUCGUAACAACACGAUGAGGGGCUGGAACACGAACAUGCUGAGCGACCUGCUGGUGGCCGUCCGCAACGGCACGGCAGACAGUGACGAUCGGUUCGAGAGUGUGUCUGAUGUCAUCGAUGGCCUCGAGCGGACCGUCACACAGUGGAGACCUGCAAGUAAGACAGGAAAGAGGGAGCAAAGAAGGGAGGCUGGGGGACUUUGACGCACAUCGUUGUGUGUGUGUUCGUCUUUCCAUGUGUGCAGGAUUGAUUGGCGUCCCUUCCCCCGUCAAUGAUUCACCGCCCGCCGGUGCCCCCCGUCCCUCGUCCGUGACCCUCGCUGCUGCAGCUGGUGGUGGUGGUGGUGGCUCAGCUGACCCACCUCACAAUGAGCCUCCCGAUGACAAAGGUAGACGGCCACACCAUUCCUAUCGUCGAGCACCCAUCCAUUUUGGGUGCCUGUGUUGUUUUCUCUCAGGUCUGUGGGCCAAGAAGGAGCCGCGGAAGCGCAAGGGCGGCAAGGCAGCCGAGGCCGGCACGGGCAAGACCGUCAUCGGCAAGCGUGCGGAGCAUCAGUCCGCCAUGCAGGGGGUCCACUGGUCUGAGAAGUACCAGGCCUGGGUGGCGACUUGGUACGACAAGGGUGACGGCAAGCAGAAGCACAAGUGCUUCUACAAGAAACAUCACGGAGUCGACAAAGCAAAGGUGAGAAUAAACCCGAGAGGCGCCACGCACCAUUUUUUCUCUCUCUUGACUUCAGGCGUUGGCCCAGCAGCAUCGUCGCGAGAUGGAGCACACCGGGCGGGCAGUGGUCAGGGGGCGAUCGAAGCUCCUUGGCGGCGUGAGGGGUGUCAGCUACAACGAGGCAAAGAAGCGCUGGGUGGCCAGCUGGCAGGAGGCCGGCAAGCAGAAGGGCAAGUCCUUCUCCGUCAAGCAGCUUGGCUAUGAGGGUGCCAAGGAGGCCGCCAUCGCACACAGACGGAAGAUGGAGCGAUUGCACACGUCAGAGGGAGGGGCGGAGAGGCAUGGCGACCCGGCUGACUCGAGAAGUGCCGACGAUGGCGACGAUCCUCUGCCCGGCAGACAGCGACGGGCCCCUCAGCUGCGUGACGGUGGUGUGGGGGGCGGUGUGCCUCUGCACCCUACGACUCGCCGUGUCACCAAGCGACCGCGGCCCCGCAGAGACGACCGAUCCGACCGGAAUCCCUCGCCGGACAUCGAGGCCCCCAGUUGGCUGCGGGAGGGCCCCCCUGGUGGGCUGCAGGAGCAUCGCACGGCCAGUCGCGGCCCUCGUGUGACGCCGGUCCAGAGGGGGCAUCUGAUUCGCCACUUUUACCAGCAGCUGGAGGCACUCGGCCGAGCCCAUCCCGACACGCCCCUCUGUCUGCGGUUCAGGAGUGGGUCUGCCCUGACCCAGCUGGCCGUGGAGGUGGUCCUGCC